AUGCCAUCUGCUACAGGAAACAAGCGCGUCAGAGGCGUCUCAGUCUUCCGUCCAUUCAGUAUGUUCAAAGCGUAUCGCGUCGUCUCUGGCCACAAGCUAAUAAACACAGUAUUUGGAAGUGUCGCACACCCUUUUGACCCCGAGAACAAACCUGCAGACUGCCCCCCGGACCACACCCACAGAUGGCAAAUCUUCGUUCGAGGAAUCAACGGCGAAGACAUCUCUUACUGGCUAAAGAAAGUCCAGUUCAAGCUGCACGAAACUUACGCCCAAAAUGUGCGCACCAUCGAGCAGCCGCCGUUCGAGGUGUCCGAAACAGGCUGGGGUGAAUUCGAAAUCCAACUCAAGCUCUACUUCGUCCCCGAGUCGAACGAAAAACCCCAAACUCUCUGGCACAGCCUGAAGCUUCACCCGUACGGGCCGGAUGCGGAGGGUAUGAAAGAGCGCCGGGAAACUGUUGUCAGUCAGAAUUAUGAGGAGAUUAUCUUCAAUGAGCCCAUUGAGCCGUUCUACGAGGUGCUCACUGGGGGCCCUGCUGGUACACAGGGCAAGAGUAAGGGAAAGAACACCAAGCAGGCUGGCCAGGGUAGAACGGCAGCCAUUCCGAACAGUGACACCCCGGGGAAUCCCUACAGCCGGGUGACAGAGAACAAGGAGCUCGAUCGCAUGGCCGAGGCCACUCAGACGGUUGAACAGAUGAUUAAAGAGGAAAAGGAUCGUCUGGUUGACAGAGAGAAGUUGUUGGCUGAGCUUCGGGAGAGUGAGGGUGUACCGGCCAACACGAAGCGGCGAUGA